GCCAUCCUCUUGCUUGUUCGGUCUUGGCAUAUGCAACUGCAUCAGCUGUAAGAUCAUCCCGUUGCUUCUUUCUCUGCAUCUAGAUUCUUUGCGGGGAUCUUUUUUUUUUUGUACACAUUCGUACGGCGGAUUGCGUCUAAAUCGCGGUGCCCAACCUGCCCACCUGGCUUUUUGUUCGGGUGCGGCGGCUGGCAAUUGGCCUCAAACCCAGCCAGCCCGCGAUCAUUUCAUCCACGUCAGCUGUCUCUGCCUCGCCCGAGUCCUCCUUAUUGCACCACAUUGUCGACAAUCCCACGCGCAACACCAGCAGCAUAGAUGGGCCCAUACUCGGGCGACAGUACUCCCGCCGCCUCCCCAUCGCUGGAAGAGACCCCCUCGAGUCGCUCUUUUUUCUCGCGCUUUGCCCUCCCCAUUCGGCAGCGGACGCGCAAUCUCGCCGACUUCCACAUCCGCCCCGCCGAUCCGCACCGCAAGUACUCGGCCGGCGACCAUGUCUGCGGUGCUGUCAUCUUGACGAUACUUAAGCCUGUGCGAAUCACCCAUUUGACUGUCUCCCUCCAUGGCUACGUCCGCGUCUACAAAGGCCCAAAUGGUGCCGCCAACGAGCCGGCUGUCGUCCCCGCCGAGAUUCCCGCCCAGGGCCGCUCGAGCCUCAAAUAUUACGGCAACGGAUUCGCCUCGCUAUUCCAGGAUGAGCAGGUCCUCAGCGCCGACGGACGUCUCGAGACUGGCAAAUACGAGUUCAACUUCGAUCUCCUGUUCCCCGACAAGGGCCUACCAAGUAGCAUAGAUUUCGAACGUGGGACUAUAUCCUACAUGAUCACCGCGACCCUGACCCGCCCGACGCCGAUAUCGCCGACUACGAGCUGUGAACGCAAGAUAUAUCUCGUUGAGAAGCUGGAUGUCGGGCCGCUUACUCCACCCCGCGCCCGUACCAUCUAUUUAGAACCAUUGCCAAAGAAGUCCAAGAGGAAGAGGCCGGUGGGGGCUGAUAAGGGUCCCGCCGUUGCGUCAGACACGACGGAACCAGCUUCUGACCUGGACUCAACACGGGCGAAUGAGAACUCGACCGAAGGUUCGCUAUCUGUGGUCGGCGACGACCUUGGCCUGGAUCCUGCAAUCCACCCCAGGAGCCCAGUGCCUAGCGACGUGCGGAGCGAGGUCAGCGGGGAUAGCGGCAUCAGCGGCAGUACCGGCCUCAGUAGGGGCGCGGGUGGCGACCACAGUCACGCACGCGAAUCUGGCAGCCAUCAAGCGGGAGCCAACCGGCUAUCUACAACCGAGGACAGGACAAUCACGGCGACCAUCGAACUGCUGAAGGGAGGCUGCCUACCUGGCGACAUGAUACCGGUAAAAAUAUCCGUACAACACAUCAAACGGAUCAAGAGCAUGCACGGCGUUAUUGUGACGUUAUAUAGGCAAGGGCGGAUAGACUCCUCCCCGCCGCUACCGCCCUUCAAGAAACUGUCAAAAGGGCGGGAAAAGGAGGAAUACUACCCAAAGUCGAGAACCGGCCUCGGCGGCCUCUCUCUGUCCUCGGCGGGCCCCUGCAGUGUGUUCCGCAAGGACCUAUCUCAGGCUUUUAGCCCCCUGAUUAUCGAUCCCGUGUCCCUGACCGCGAGCGUUACGACAUCGGUCAGGGUACCAGAGGAUGUCUUCCCGACAAUUAAAGGGGUUCCUGGCGAGAUGAUCACUUUCAAAUAUCAGUUAGAGGUCAUUGUCGACCUUGGGGGGAAGCUGGCCAGCCAAAUCCAGUCCGGCCAGUCUUCGGCCCCUAGAGUAGGGACUCUGGGCGCUCCUGCCGCGAUACCAUUGACAUCAAACCCGUACGAAGGCGGUGCAGCGUCGUUGGCCUCCUGGGGUGGCAGCCUCAUCGAUACAGAUCGACUGAGGCGUGAGAAAGGUGUCAUCUCGGUUGCUUUCGAGGUCGUUGUCGGGACGGUGGACAGCAUGCGGCAACGAGGGAGGGGGUUGUCGCGGCCUCCGGCGUCGACCUACACGCAGCAGGUAGCCGAAUCCAGCAUCUUCGAGGGACCCGCCGAGGAGAAGGGCGGGUGGCAAAACGGUUUGGAAGAUGAUGGGCAUGGACAUGGGUAUGGACAUGGUCCACAGGCCUACUCUUCAGAGUACGGGCCCAUCCCAGCGGAUGCGCCGGAACGAUAUUCAUACUUCAGCUCUCCGGAGCCUGCGGCGCCAGUCUAUAUACCGCCUCCCGAAGUUCCCGACGAUAGCGGGCUUACAGAAAAGGAUCGAAUAAGGCAAGCUGAGCAGAGGUUAUUGCCCAGCCAACCGACCGAGUCCCCCGUCGCCGGCCCUUCAACGUCGCCUUUUCUGGAAGGCGCAAACAUUUAUGACGCCGAAGACGAACCGGAAGCAGGCCCGUCACAACCCCCUCCGGCCCAAACAUCAGAAGGCCCAUCAGCCCCGACGCUCGAUGAACUGUCUUCGGGCACAGAGGCAGCAUCGACCGACGACAAGCAGGAACUUGAACGGCUUCGGUUGCUUGCAGAGGCGAGUGUCCCCCCCGAGUUCCCCGAGGACUGCGAGCCCGGACCUGUAGCGGGACCGAGUUCGCCCGCAGCUACCACCCCGUCUCCCGCGACCUUCGAGCCCUCGGCGCCGGUGCUGAGUGACGACGAAGGCUACGGCCCCGGGUAUGCCAUGGCGGAGCCAUCUUCUUCACACCUCCCGUCUCCCCCACCAGAACCCCUGCCGAGAUAUGAGCGAUAACGAAGUGUGGUGGUCCCCGACGAGAGGGAUAGUGAUGACUUUUGAUGAUAUUGUAUAAUGAAUGCUGUGAUAGAUACCACGAUGACGACUUUGGAU